GAAAACCGCGCAAAUUUGGCAAUCAUCUUCCCGCUGAAAAUGAACCUCAAAUAUAGGGCGUAGAAAUGGCUUAAUCUGGACGUGAGCUUGACUCGAAGUCGAUGAUACUCAAGAAUGUCUUCUUCUCGUGGUCGACAUUUCAAUUCGGACGAGGCCGGUGGAAACUCGGCCAUGGAGUUGAACGAUCGCCGGCGGCUUCAGGAAGAAGAAGAUGAUGAUCCGUUUCUUAAAUUUAUCGAUUAUGCGAGGUCUGUGCUAGCAUUUGAAGACGAAGAAGACUUCGAUCCUAAUGUUAAAGGAACGGAGACCUAUACGCCGGGUUGGAGUUGGAUCGCCUCUCGGGUCCUCAGAACUUGUAUCGCCUACUCCAGUUCUGUUACCCCUGCGAUUUUGCUAUCCGAGCUCUCGCAGGCCUGGUCUGAGCAACACAGAAUUGGGGCUCCCAAGAAAAUACCUGAAUGUAUUAAUCAGUUGAAGAAGAAGAAUAGAAGAAAGAAGCUCCCGAAAACAGUUACUAUUGACUCCAUAUAUGAGAAGAAUUUCCUAUCUUUAAGCAGCGUUUUGGAAGCUGUUAUUGUUGAAGAAUUUAUUCUUCCAGGUACAAAUAUACACAUGCUUACUUUGGGGGAUUUUUGGAGCUCUAAUACGAUUGAUCUCUAUCUCCAUUGUAGAUUCUAUGACUUAGUUGGUGGAAUUUUGAAAAAAGGGAGGCAAAUAUUUUUAACUGGAUGCUAUCUUCGUGCUGCCAGUGGCGGAUCCGGUCAUCCACGACUUCUACCAACUGAAUACCUUAUCAUAUUGUUAGAUGAGGAAGAGGAUGAUGAUGUAAUACUUCUAGGAGCUCAAUUUUGUUCCGAUUCCUUUUCUUCUGUUUCUCUUGACGCCGUCAAUAAAGGGACUACAUAUUCAUUAUAUGCAAGGAUUGAGUCUAUUGGUCCAAUAGAAAUUCAUGAGAAGACUAACGGCUUACAGAUGAUACAAAUUAGUCUUCUUGAUAAUGAUGGUUUCAAGCUAAAGUUUCUCUUAUGGGGUGAACAGGUGAUACUAGCCAAUCUUCUAAGUGUUGGUAGCUUGCUUGCCCUUGAUAGACCAUAUAUUGCUACUGUAAACGAGAAUGGCCUUGGAACAAGUGAUGAGCUUUGUCUUGAAUAUGGUAGUGCAACACAGUUAUAUUUGGUGCCUUGCAUUCAGCAUGAGGAGCAAGUAUGUGUUUUAACACAGAAUAUAAGCCAAGCUUCAAGGACGCUUGGUACAUCAUAUCCUACUCAGGAUCCCCGAGUUUCUCAAGUUUCCUUGCCGUGCGAUUCACAUGGGACAAUUGAUUUUGGUAAUUAUCCUUUUCGGUCUUUUGUGGUCGACCUUCAAGACAAGAUGACUGGCAUUAGCUUAUAUGGUAUCAUUAUAGAUAUAGUAAAUGAAAGAAAUACCACAGAAGCUGUUUUCUCUAUGAGAAUUGAAGAUAACACCGGACAAAUUUCGGCAAAGUUGCAUUUCGUGAGAUCUUGGUCGCUGGGAAGGGUAGGCGUUGGACAUACAGUAUAUAUCAGUGGCCUGACAUGCACCAUAAAGAAGAAUAACUUGGAGGCUUUAUGGAUUGAGAAUCAUGUUGGAGCUUCUUUUGUCAACCUUAGCUGCUUGCCAGCAUUGUUAACCUCAUCUUGUCUUCAUAAAAUUUCACGACUUUCUGAUCUUACCAGCAACUCUCAUGGUACAAAGGUGUGUCGAGUUCGGCUUGACCAAGUUUCACAUUGUCAUGUUAGUACGAAAUUUUUGCAUGCAAAUUGUGGUCAUUUUGUUGAGGAGACACCCGGCAGAACUGAGUGCAGCUUCUGUCGUUGUGAAUGCAAGUCCGAGCUGGUUCGUACAUUCGACCUGAAAAUCACCCUUGCAGAUGAUACUGCAAAAAUCUUUGCUUGCUGUACAGGUCAAACUGCUGCAGAGUUGUUGCAAAUAUCUCCUGAUGAAUUCUGUGAACUACCGGAGGAAGAACAAGUAAUGUAUCCAUCAUCACUCGAGAACGAAAGUUUUGUGGUUGCAAUAGUGAAUUGCAGGAGGCAAACUAGCAAAUGUGGAGAUAACGUCUAUUCUGUUAAUGAUCCACUUUCGUGGGAGAUUACUCGUGCACUGAAGUGUGAAUGAUAUUGCCUCAUCUUUCUAACCGUGGCUGUUGCAGGAGGUCAAGUUGUUCAUUUCAAUGUGUUAGAUUUCACCGUUUAGAGGUUUAAAGAGGUUCGAAUAACUUACGUGGACAUGUUGAACUCAAAAAAUUAGCCAACUCGUCGAGUUCACCAGAGUGAGGAGUCCAUAUUAUUAUAAAGGUACCACAUUUCUAGUC